CUCCCAGUCACAAACCCCUCACGUCACCACUCACCAGUCACCACCCCGCUCCCCUUUCUCUCUCUCACCUCACGCGCACACGCAGCGCACGCCGCCACCGUAGCGGCAAAAUGGCGAGCCCUCCUCCCCCGCUUCCUCCCCGCCGCCGCCGCCCACCCCGUGCUAACCAACCGGAGCGCGCCGCUGUUCCCGUGGAUGCAGGUGAUGGCUCAGAAGACGAAGGAGGCGGAGAUCACGGAGCAGGACUCGCUGCUUCUAGUUGUGACCGGCAGGUACUACCAAGGCACGAAGGAGCUGCCACUUCCUCCCGAGCUGCUGCUGCCUACCGACGGGCAUGGAGGCGGGCAGGUGUGCAGCGACGGCCUGGGCACGGAGGCGGUCGGCGAGCUAUCUUGGUCGUCCGUGGAGGCGGGUGAGAACGAGGAGGGCGCCGCCGUGGUGGCCUUCUCCUGCAUGGCCCGCCUCACGGCCUCCCUCCCAUUGUCGGUCUUGACAGAGAGGAGAUGCCACCGCAGCCUUCCAUCCAUGCGCAGGCCGUACUUCUCCGCUUUCAGCUGCAAAGACGUGUUAUUAUUGGACCUGUUGCAUAGAGAGGCGGUGCAGGAUCAACGAGAAGAUGACAGCGUCUUUGCACGGAGCAGCUUCAAGACUGUGUCGUCAUCCUCUCGGGGCAAACCUAGUGUUAUCAAGAAGAGCAUCGAUAAGACGGUGCAAUAUCUAAUCGAGGAGCUUAAGAAGAAGCUGAGGCCUAUGAAGGGCAGUGGGGAUGUCAAAAUUGAGCUGCAGCUUUAGGAUUUCAUCUAAAGCAAAGCCAUCUUGCACUUGCAGUAUUUACUGUUUAGACUUCAGAUUUCAUUGCUCCAACUUAUUUCAUGAUGAGGUGGAAUUAAUGUUGUCAUUUCAUUGAAUAAAACAAGUGAUGUACUAUCUGCAGCAUAAUUCAAGGAUACAUGCCUUUUGUGUUUGAUAAAAGAAGUACUCAUAUUUACAUAUCUCA